GAGCGGAGCUGGUGAGAGAGGGAGACUGGCUGUGACUGAGAAGGAAAGGGAGAAACGCGGGACCACGUAGGACGGAAAGGAGACCAGUACAGGUCAACGGCCCCGCAUGGAUACAAACAUGAGAGGUGCUGCAGGAAGUGAAUCUCAACCCAUUCAUACUGAAUCCAGCACAACGUCAGUCCUGCACUCUGUCAACCUUCUGAUGUUAUUUUGAUCUUCAUCACUAAAGUUCUGCGAGCCGAAAGGAGGAGAAUUGUCUCGUGGACUGGAGCAGCCUGCCAAGCUGACAGAGGAACAGGCAGCAGUGAUGAGAACGGCCAGGAAAGCAAAUGUUGAAGUGCCCGCCUUUGUCCGGCAGCUGGUGAAGGGGACGGAGAAGAUGGUCUCUUCUCUCUUCAAAGGGGGCAGGGAGGGGGCAGAUGAGGGGGAGGUGGCGGAGGAGGGGGCCAUACCCAGUCCUUACCUGGACCAGCCAAUACUGGAGAAACACAACGAGCAAGGAUGGGCCAAAUGGGGCAUCAAGUUUGCUCUGUCCAGUGUGCAGGGCUGGCGCGCCCAGAUGGAGGAUGCCCACACCUGCGUGCCUGAAAUGGAGGGUGACCUUGAUUCCUGGGGCUUCUUUGCAGUGUAUGAUGGGCACGCUGGCAGCACUGUGGCACAGUAUUGCUCUAGGAACCUGCUGGACCACAUUCGGGCUACAGGAGCCAUUAAGCCAGUGGAAGACAAGGACCACGUGAGACGCGGAAUCCGAGAUGCCUUCCUGAGCAUUGACCAGCACCUGCACACUAUGGCUAGGAGGCAGGGCUGGGAACGUGGAGGUUCUACUGUUGUGGCUGCCAUGCUCUCUCCGUACCACAUUUACCUGGCUAACUGCGGAGACUCGCGCGCCGUGCUCUGCCGUGACGGCCAGCUCUGCCUGUACACUGAGGAUCACAAGCCCUUCAACCCACGCGAGAUGGAACGCAUCCAGAACGCUGGGGGAACCGUCAGCCUGCAGCGCAUCAACGGCUCGCUGGCGGUCUCCCGCGCGCUGGGCGACUUCAACUACAAGGAAACAGAAUGGCGGACGCCAACAGAACAGAUGGUAUCACCCGAGCCGGAUAUAUAUGAGGUGGAGCGCUCAGCGGCUGACGAGUUCCUGCUGCUGGCUUGUGACGGGGUGUGGGACAUAAUCAGCAGUGAGGAGCUCUGCUCCUUUGUGCGAAACCGCCUGGAGGUCUGCGCAGAUUUAAGCGAGGUCUGCACACAGGUUGUUGACCUCUGCCUCUAUAAGGGGAGCCUUGAUAACAUCACAGUCAUCCUCAUCUGCUUCCCUGGCGCUCCCCAAGUUUCACGUGAAGCACUACAGAGGGAAGCGGAGCUGGAGAAUCUGAUUGAGACCAAAGUGGCAGACAUCUUUGAAGACCAGAGAGCAAGUGACAUGGAGCCUGACUUGCUGUACGUGUUGAAUUGUCUGUCAUCAGCAGCCAUUCCUGGUCUACCACCAGGGGGCGACAUCACCAGCAAAAGAAACUGCAUUAUAUCUGCCUACUACAAGCAAAAAGAAGCAAGCAGAUCUGAUGCAGAUAUUGAUGCCUCUGGAAUUCUACAUUGAUGCCACCUUUGAGAAACUACCUGCCAACUGAACAAACAAAUAAUCUAUAAGAAAAAGAUAAUGACAUGGUUGUGAGUCAACCUGACAACCACAAUAAUACAAUUACAGUGUGUAUCAUAAAUAACUCUCAUCAAAAGUAUAAUUAAUUGAGCAACUUUUCUAUAUCCAGUAGUUACAAGACUCAGUCUUCUGGAAUAAAUUGAUGUCAGAAUAUAUUUGUAAGAAAAUUAAGCAACAGAACAUUAGGAUUUACGUAUCAUAUGAAGCAAUAAUACAGUGAACCUAAAUCUAUUGUGCUUUCACUAUAAAUUAAUGCACCUAUGACACACAUAAUGAAAUGUACUUAUAAAACAGGUAAAACAAUAACUUUCAGGGAAGAAUAAAUAAGUGUACACAGAGGGACCCUAGUGUGCAUCAAACACAAAGUUUGCCAACUGGGAUAUCAGAUUAGUUCUACAUUACUAGUAAAAACAAGAGACAGAGCCUCAUUUGCCUGGCAUCCAGUCAUUGUCAGCAAUUUGAUUUGUACAGGUACUUGCCUUAUUAACCUCUUUUGUGGAAUAUGGUGUAAGUAUUCAAUCAAUAUAUAUUGUUGCAAACGAAAUAUAUGCACCAUAUGUAUAAGAAUAAGAUACCAAAUGCCAUAAUUUCACAAAGGCAAAAUAAAUCGUAGGAUAAAGGCAGCUUCAUGUUAGAAUGCAGACUGACACAUACAUAAAUAUUUUUAAAGGAAUACUUCUUACAUGCCAGUCUCCCAUCCUUUCUUUGUGUACAUGUUUGUGUUCACCUUUAAAAUUUGUUGUUUUCUAUAUUAUGUAUGAAUUAAGCAUGUAGCACAUUGUGACUGUUUGGUAAUGAACUAUAGUUGGUUCUAAGAAAAUAAACUUGUUCAUUUUAUUUA